AUGGCGCUCUCGCUCGCGAGCAGCCCCAGCCCCGGCGCGGCGCUCCCCGCGCCGCGGGUUGCCCACUUUGCCCUUCCUCUCCUUCCGCUCCGCUCCCCUCGCCGCCUGCACCAGGCGCGGCUCCGCCUCCGCCUCCGCGUCGCGGCGUCCUCGCCCCCAGAGGCGCAGGUCGCCGCCCCCGUGGCGGAGGAGGGGGAGGAGCAGGGGGAGAAGCGGCGGAAGCUGUACGUGGCCAACCUGCCCUGGUCCUUCCCGGCGCCGGAGAUCGAGAAGCUCUUCGCGCAGCACGGCACCGUCAAGGACGUCGAGGUCAUCAAGGGGAAGGAUGGCAGAAACAGGGGGUUCGCGUUCGUCACGAUGUCGACGGCGGAGGAGGCAGCCACCGUCGCUGAGAAGCUUAACUCCCAUGAUGUAAUGGGGCGGGCAAUCAAGGUGGAGUUUUCAAAGAGCUUCAGAAAACCAGCUCCGCUUCCUCCUCCUGGCACCAUUAUAGAGAGGCACAAGCUUUAUGUGUCCAAUCUUCCAUGGAAAGCAAGGGCUCCCAAUGUUAAAGAAUUCUUUGCAAAAUUUAACCCGCUUUCUGCUAACGUUAUAUUCGAUAAUGGAAAAGCAGCUGGGUAUGGUUUUGUUUCCUUUGGGACAAAAGAAGAAGCAGAGGCUGCUCUCACUGAGCUUGAUGGAAAGGAACUUAUGGGAAGACCUGUACGCUUGAAUUGGCGGGAAAGUGGUGAUGAUAAGGUUGAAGUUGCAAAGGUCGACAGUGAAGUUGAAGUUGUAAAUAUUGAAGGAGCAAGCGUUGAUGAUGCCAGCACGGAUGGAGGUGAAGAUAAACAGGAAUAG